AUGUCUAAGGUUGAGUUAGACGAAGCUACUUUGGCCUUCCUCCAUGGAAAAGGACCGGCACUGCCUCGUGAGUAUAACCCGCCACAGACAUCAGACUAUCGUCCGUUUCUGUCUCGAGCCGUGACAGACUGGGUUUUUGAAUGUGCAACCCGAAAUGUAAUCCGAAAUACAGUCCAAGAUGGUGAAAGUGACGUCUGGCUUUACGUUUUUGAUCGUGCUUUCUCGAGCUCUUUUAAGACGUUCUGGCUCGAGCAGCCCUUCUGCCUGGGCCACGUCUGUCAUGGUGAGGACAUCCCCUUUGUGUUUCAAACACCAAAACUGAUCAACUUGACCUUCACCACUGACGAACAGGUCAUGGCCGACACCAUGGCGUACCACUACGGGAACUUCGCACACACGGGCGACCCGAACAAACCUAGUCCUUACGUCUACACCACAGGCAAUCUCCUGAAAACACCUUUAAACUGGCCCAAGUACAACGGAGGAAACCAGUUCCCCAACAUGAAUUUCACCACUCCUCAGAACGUUAUAGUUCAGGACUACAACAAAGAAAAGUGUGACUUCUGGGAUAUGGAAAAUAUUUACUCGGGAACAAAUUAA